ACCGGGAAGAUGCAACCAAGGAGUCUGAUUUCACAUAUGACGAUGAGGAUGAAGGCGAUGAGGAGAAUGACUGGGAUGGUGAGAUCGAGUGGACCGAGCAGGAUGAGGCCGAAGCUAUUGCCGAGGGCGAUGUUCCGAUGAGAGGCGCUGCUUAUCUUGACUUCUUGAAUAAAGAAGCACAAAAAUUCGGGUCUUUCGCCGGGGACGACGAUGAUGAAGAGCUUGAUGAGGAGAGCUUACUCGAGACGCCUCUGGACAAGGUCGAAACCCUACGGCCUGUUCAAGCCAAACAUGCAACAAGAAAGCCACAACUCUAUGAGAGUUUGACAAACAUUCUGAAUGAGGAAGAGAAGCAGGUUAUCCAGGCGGUUUUCCAUGAAGCCGAGGCCAAAGCUUUGGCGGCGGCAAACGAAGAGGCCGCCAAGGCCGCCAAUCUCCAAGCCAACGGGGGCCAAUAG